CGCGAGACUGGCGGGCUGCGGUCCCCGGCGCGGUGCAGGCUGGGAUAGCAUCCGGGUCCUCCGCUGAGGCGAGCGGCGGGCGGCGGCCGCGGCCCGUUCCCUGCCGGUGUUUCUCUCCCAGGCGGCAGCCCCCUCUCUCCGGCCGGCGCCAUGGCGAUGCAAGCGGCCAAGCGAGCCAACAUCCGGCUGCCUCCAGAAGUCAAUCGGAUCCUCUAUAUUAGGAACCUGCCAUAUAAAAUCACAGCGGAGGAAAUGUACGAUAUUUUUGGGAAGUACGGGCCCAUUCGACAAAUCAGAGUUGGAAACACUCCUGAAACUAGAGGAACAGCCUACGUGGUCUAUGAAGACAUCUUUGAUGCCAAAAACGCUUGUGAUCACCUGUCGGGAUUCAACGUGUGCAACAGAUACCUUGUUGUUUUGUACUAUAAUGCAAACCGGGCAUUCCAAAAGAUGGACACAAAGAAGAAAGAGGAACAGCUUAAGCUUCUCAAGGAAAAAUACGGAAUUAAUACAGACCCACCAAAAUAAACUGAUCUUUUUGGAAAACUGUUCUCAAGCUCUGCCGUCAAGUUCAACUGUUUUCAAGCUCUGCCGCUGAGUUCUUGAACUAAAUAUAGAAUUCUCAAUGAGUAUAACUUUUUUUUUAAAUUUGAUAAGCUGUCAUUUGAAUCUUCAGAUGUUCACAUUAGGAUUAAAUAAAUGUAGAACACCGGAAGAUCUGCUUUAAGAUUAAACCCCCCUAAAUGGACAUGGCUCCUCUGUGUUGCCUGGGUGACCUGACAAAUGCUGCAUAACCACAGCCCUGUUUCUAGCAGGACCUUUCGAGCUGGGACGGAGCAGGUUGAGCGUUUCACGCCUCCCAAAGUUCUGCCCAGACUCCAGGGCAGAUUUUAAGCCUGGCAGCCAGUGACGCCAAAAAGCUCAAGGGGCUCUGUGUGAGCUGCUUGUGCGGAGGUAAACUUCACUUGCCACUUCCUGAAAAUGGAGUAUUGCAACUAGUCUCCCUGCCACAGGGAUUUUUGUGCUUUUUAAAAAAAGAAAUAAGUAUGGCUUAAUACUUCAUCACACCUGUGUAUUGUACACAAAUUAUUGCGCCUUUCUCCUGCCAGGAAUGUUUGAAGGAGCCUAACUCCAUUACGUGAUCCUUAGGCUGCUUCUUACUAGAAACAAAGCAAGCCCAAAUCCAUGCUGGUAACAAAGUUUCUUUUACAAACUAUAGAAAAUGAAUGGCCUUUUAAAAGAAUCCAACUGCUUAGGUGACUUCAGUCAAAAUAUCUUGUUCCCAGUAACUGAGACAAAACUGUUGAGCUGCAGUAAAACAAUCUUGCUCUAAUAGUGCAUUGCUGCAGGGCUGACUUAAUGGUAUAUGAGAUCUUGAUUACGUGUACCAGGUUUGCGCUGAGGUUAGUAGGAGCGACAGGAAUACAAUUCACGCCUUUUAAGUAGAGAACACCCGACCAAAACAAGACAGUAGAUGAUGGUGGUAAUUUUAGAUACCUGUAGCGCGAUUGUUUUCUACUUGGUGUGUUUGGACUGUAAUAUAUUUCAUGUACAUAAAUUUUAGAUGUAGUAUCUGGUGGAGGAAAAACAUUUAAGUUUUUUGGCUCUUUUUUUCAGUACUCACAUCCUAUGAACAAAAAUCAGUGUGAUACAGAGUAUGCAUAACCAGUAUGUUUUCGAGGUGGAAAAGAAUAACCUCUGCCUCUGUUCUGAACCAGCUGGAAGUUGCGUGAAUGUUGGUAGUAUCUUGCCUGGGGAGGAUUUAUUUGCUUGGAUGUGAUGUUUAACUCCCUGACCAGACGGCUUGCAGCCCGUGCAGAACGUGGGCCGAUAACAAACGUACUUUGCCAGAGGAUUUGUAAUUUAAGUCAGGUUUUUUCAGUGCAUUAUACUGUCAUAAGGGAAUGUUUCCAUUUUCUUACUGUUAGAUUUUUGUUGAAAUCUGUCACUUCAAAGAACCAUGCUGGUUUUGUGUCCAUGUAGUAAAAAAAAUAAAUGUGUGUCUACAUA